CGAGCCCCGUGUGCAUGACGUUGUGCUUUACCCGCUCAGCCAUCACAGUUGGAAUGAACCAUGGCCGAAGGCGACGCAUCCUCCGUCCGGUCACCGCAACACCCACUCGCAAAUCGCAAAACCCGCUCCUGCUUCUUCUACGCAAUAUUUAUUGCAAUGUUCACCGCCGAAGUAACUCUCUUCGCCGCACUUGUUCCACUCGCCAUCUCGAACACCAUUCUCAGAUGCCAAGGAGUUGAGUGUCUCUCCCUGGAACGCGACCUGAACCAUUCCAUCAACCUAGCAGCGGAUCCUUGCCACAACUUCUACGAUCACGUGUGUGGAAGGUGGGAAAAGUACGCAGGUCGACGCUUCGGCACCCCAAAGGAUAAGUACGAAGCAUAUCAUCUUCACGCUCUUUUCAAGGAGAUUGUUCUUGCCGGAGGUAAUCCUCAUGACGACCGCCAGAACUCCAAGGAAAAAGCAUCGGUGUUGUUAAGCGCCUGCACUAUGCACGCUGCACAGGAAGACACCUUAAAGGACUUUCUGCGCUGGCUUAAACUUUCUUGGCCCGAAAAGACGCCAGCGACAAGACUCGAUAUCCUGGAUAUCUUUGUGGGCUCAUCUUUGGACUACGGAGUGCCACUCUUCUGGGUGUUCACGGUCGGUCGCCAUCCCAGGUUUCCAAAGCAGAAUAUUCUGUACCUGACAAUGGACUACAGCAUCCUUCAGUGGCUAGAACAUGUGAAAAAGCUGAAGAAAUCGAACGUCGCUGAGACAUACAUCCGGCGGUGUGCUGAGAGAAUCGGAGGUAGGGGUCGGUCAUAUGGACGCAUGAUCAAGGAUGUUCUAGCAGCGCACGACGUAAUGAGUGAUGCUAUGAAGAGCCAUCUCGGCGUAUACCAACCACGAUACAUGAACCUAGAAGACUCUGAGCUCCGCUUAGCCGUCAACCGCCACUUACCCGACAACUCUCAACUGUGGCCUGAAGAUAAUAUCAUCUGCCUUCAGAGCAUGCUAUUCUAUAAGUUCAAUCACUACUACCUUCAUGAUACCGAGACACUUGCAAAACUGAAGCUUUAUAUCGGCACCUAUUUAGUCUGGUACUUGUCACCUUUUACAUCUACGUACCUUACCUACCACCUAAUGAAGGACCUGAAUGAAGCAGACGGCACCUAUACAUAUAUCACCCAGCGCUGCUUUGAAGGCAUCAUCGAUCUGAUGCCUUUGCUCGUCUCUCAAUACGUCCUGAUGUCCGUCCCUGACAAGAGCGAAAUAUUCGACAUCUAUCGUCAUGCACGGCACGCUGUUGAUCACGUGGUACGUCGUGACAGCGCCACGGCGGCUGAAGCAUUUGGCCGUGAAUUAGAUACCAUUUCGGUGGGCGAGUUCAACAUGACGUCCACAUGGGCAGCACUGGAUAAAAUUUACAAGUACAUCCCACUCUUAAAGGGCAACUUCUUCCACAUGUAUCUCACAGUUGCGAAGGCGAACGCACGCGUUUUCAAAGACACUAUACGGCGUCCUGUUCGAGACCUCCUGCAUCUGCCGCUUGUCGGCAGUAUUCCAGUCUACCGAUUGCUCGUGGCUCGUGAGAUACAAGUGCCUAUGCUGUUCCUUCGUCCACCCAUCAUAACGACAUCCGUUCCACUUGAGGCGAAGAUGGCCACCUUGGGCGCAUACAUAGCCAGCAACAUGUUCCAACUCAUGUAUUUUGUGCACUUCGCCGACGACGAGUUUCACGUGGUUGAUGAACAACGUAUUAAGGCAUUUUCUGAAGUCGUGUAUCAGAGAGUUCUCAACUACUCAGAGGCCAUCUUUGACCUUGUGACAAAUACAGCGUUUGAAAUUGCGCCAAUCGAGCUGAUUGUUUUUCUGUUUCGCGCUAUGGGUAUCAAUGCUGUCUACAGAGAAGUAAUACGUCACAACCUUGUGAACUCGACGGAAAUUGUUGGUGGUUUUGAUGCGAAGCGUCUUUUUUUCCUCGUUGCCUGUUUUUUGAACUGCGGCCCAGCUGAAGCAGGUAUUAUGGAAGAUGUAUUGUGCAAUAUCUUGGUGCCACAGGUCAAUGGCUUUGCAGCGGCUUUCGGCUGUAAACCAGGACAACCCAUGUACAUAGAUUUCUCACGUCCGCAUAGUGACUACGAACCCUGGGAUAGAUGAAUGUUAUUCGACUUUAAUUCUUUCUUUUCUUUCUAUGGUUUAGUGGUAAUUCUUAUGGGUCAUUUGUGAUAUGCCUAUACCAUGUUACUUGCUCGCUGCGCACGAUUUUUUUAGAAAUACAUAAAUAUUGAGUGC